GACCAUGCCAAGCGAUGCCCUGGAUGACAUUGAGCUGCGCCACGUCCAGCUCUCCGUGGCCAACGCUCGCACGCUGAGCGAGGAUGGGUCGGCCGGAAACAAGGAGACGGUGGAAACGCGACAUGGCCCCAUCACGGUGGCUAUCACCGGCGACACUUCCAAGCCAGUUAUUCUGACCUACCACGAUCUCGGACUCAACCAUGUCACCAACUUCCAGGCAUUUUUCCUUUAUCCUGAGAUGAGGAACAUUGUCAACAACUUCUGCAUUGUACACGUGAAUGCGCCCGGACAGGAGGAAGGAGCACCCACUCUGCCGGAAGGCUAUGUCUACCCAACGAUGGAGGAAUUGUCCGAGACAAUUACCUGUGUCAAGAGUCACUUCCACAUUCGAACUUUCAUUGGCUUUGGCGUGGGUCUUGGCGCUAAUAUCCUCUCUCGCUAUGCCACCAAGUAUCCUGCAGAUGUUGAUGCUCUGGUUCUCAUCAACUGCUCUUCAACCCAAGCUGGAUGGAUUGAAUGGGGCUACCAGAAGCUCAACAUCCGACACCUCCGCUCUGGAACGAUGACGACGGGCACUGUUGACUACCUCCUCUGGCAUCAUUUUGGAAAGUUGGAGGAAUGCAACCAAGAUCUGGUGACUGUGUACAGGCAACACUUCGAGAAGGCUCUGAAUGCUACGAACCUUGGCCUGCUUGUUGACUCGUACAUUCGCCGGACUGACCUCAACAUUGUGCGAGAGCUUGACCCCAACAAGAAGAAGGAUGUGCGAAUGAUCAGGACCCAAGUGUUGAACAUCACUGCCAACCACUCUCCCCAUGUGGAUGAUACAGUCACCUUCAAUGGAAGACUUGACCCAACUUUGUCUACAUGGAUGAAGAUUCAAGACUGUGGACUGGUGAUUGAUGAGGCCCCAGGGAAAGUGGUGGAAGCUUUCCGACUCUUCCUGCAGGGUCAAGGCUAUGCGGUCCACAGUCGCGGCAUUGGCUCCAGACAGGCAUCCUUAAACUCAGUUAAUGGCUCCACAACCAGUGUCAAGGAUAUUCGCAUCACGGAAAACCCCCUACAAAAUCCUACAGUUUGAACGACGCUUCGGUGAUUGCGAGUCACGAUCCGGGAGAAAGAUGUGGAACAGUGUGUGAUAUGGACUAUGGUGAUAUGUAAUUUUUUUAUCAUGUCUCUGUAUUUUUUAUUUUAGCGACGACAAUUACGUAAGAUUGGACGUCAUCUCUGUUGUUGUAGGAGGAGGCAGAGAGAAACGUAUUUUCUCUCGUCCUCCUCCAUUUUGAGGUGAAGGGGAGACCAAAGAAUUUUUUCUUAAUAUGGAGAAAGGUUUAUUUUACGAUAAGUGACGCGACUUUUUAUUGUUAAAAUUUUGAAGAUUAUAGACAAAAGUCUUUGGUUUUCUUUCUUUCAUUUUUUUUUUUUUUUUUAACUUUUUUCUUAUGGUUCAUGACAAGGAAGACAUUGUUUUCCCAUGUUAACAAAUUUGUUUCAAUCUCAAAAGUAUUUAAAGGUUGGAAUGGAAUGAAAUAUUCAGUUGUUGGUAAUUAAUGUUUAUUUGUUAUGGGUUCUACAUCAGACGAAGAAAACUGUAGCCUUUGUCACUGUCAGAGAGCACAGGAAGGUGCCACUAAUCUUUGGUCCUCUGAUUUCUGAAGGUUAUUUAGCUUUUUAUUGGCAUCCUGCAAGCUAAAUGAUGAAAUAGUAGAAGAGAAUUUUGUUCAUACAAUAGAAUAUGUAUAAAUGAAUGUAUGUAUGUGCAUGUGUGUGUGUAUCAUGUAUGUGUAUAUAUAAUAUAUUAUAUAUGUGCAAUGUUUGCCAUUUAUCUAUUAUAUAUACAUAUAAACAUAUAUAUAUAUAUAUAUAUAUAUAUAUAUAUAUAUAUACUGUUUGAGAUGCUCACACACACACACAUACAGACACACAUAAGUAUAUGAAAUUAUCGGUAUUAUAUUUAUGCUGUUGGACUUUUUUCUUUCUAUGCUGAUAGUGAGUACUAUUUCCUGAUUUCAACUAGCUGAGUCUUUACUGCUAAAGCCAUCAGUAAAGCUGUAGGAAAGAGAGACGUAAUUGCUGUAGUCGUUACAAGAGAAAGUAGUCCCACCAUUGUAUACAGUAGACCAGGUAGCACAAAUUUUAAUAAUGCUACAUGCUUAGUGAUGCCAUUUUCCUAUUCUUUUAUCCUCCCUUUCUAUCUUUUCUAAGACCAACACACUUUCCAUAAUUUUAAAGACGAUCUUGCGUAGCAUUGUGAACUGGGUUUUAUUGAUUUUCUUAUUUUUUAUACGUUUCUUUUAGAAGAAACUCUUUUUAUCUUAUAUUUCUUUUAAUAUUAGACGAAAAGCCAUGUGUUUAAGGAUGUUGCAAAGUGAGUUAAGCACAGAGGACUGCACGUUCCAUCCAAUAAUGAAAGAACUUGUGAAGUGGAGGCAAUCUAGUCAAGUUUGAUUGAAGGCACUGCAGCCAGAACUGCCUUGUUUAGGGGAAAGCUUUGUAAAAGAAGACUUCAAUCUGAUUUUUUUUCUCUCAAAAGGUUGACAAUAUGCUUGCUAUUAGGUAGACUUUGAGACAGGUGAUUAUAUACAUACAUAUAUAUAUUUUAUUUUUCUUAUUCACUUAGUGUGUUACAUCUGCGUGCCUCGUAUCAAGGGAAAAAGAAAAAGACCAGCAGAUACUUUGACUAGUAGGGGCUUUUAUGGAAAAGGGAAAAUCCUGACCAAACAGAUUCUCCCAAAGAUUUUGUUGCUGUUCACAUCCAUUUCAAUGCUUUUGUAGUGAGCCCUGUGUCUCACCUUGGCUGGUGAUGCCUAGAAGAGGGAGGAUAUGGUGGGGGGGAGUGAUUUGGAGGUGGGGAAGGGGGGGGGGGAGACUUAGUAGAAAGGGUGCAGAAAAGGAUGUUUCUUUUCUUCCUCUCUUUCUCUCUCUCUCUCUGUCCCCUUCUUCCCUCUCUCUGGCUCUUUCCAUCUGUCAAAUCUUCAUCAUGAUAUGACAUGAAUUGAACUGCAUUGGUGUAUUACUGCGGCUUGUACAUAGUUGUUAUAAAAUAGUGUUGAAGCUUUCUUAUUAUCAUGAUGAUUAUCAUUUCUGUUUUGUCUCAUUAUGAAAAAUGAUCAAGACAGUGACAGGUGUCACGUAGUAAAAACUUGUUAAAUAUCUCUCUUUUUUAAGGAUACGUCAAAGAUUGAUACCAAAUUAAUCCAUUCCAUUCCAAGGGCAAUAUGAUAAAGAAAAAGAAAAAAACCCUCAGCAAAGUAAGGAAAAAAUGAGACCAAAAUGCUGUAACCACCAUAACUCCCUUUAUAUAUAUAUAUAUAGAUAGGUAGACCUGCACUUGUAUAUAUAUGCCAAAUGUGUAUAUACUUUUUGGUGCCCUGAGGUGUCUUCUCCUGUGGCUCAUGUAUGUUAACAGUUUCUUACGGCGAAGGAAAUAGUUGCGUUACUGAAGGAUGUUGUUGUUAUUAUUAUUUUUUUUUUAUUGUUAGUCUGUUCCUUAAAGCUUACAAACCGAAUGCAUCAUUUUUUAGUACAUUAAAUUCUUAAGGUUUUAAUUUUAUGAGUUAACUAACAGAUAUAGGUAUGAUUAUAUAUUUGUGUACAUAUAUAUAAUAUAUAUAUAUAUAUAUAUAUAUAUAUAUAUAUAUAUAUAUAUAUAAAUAUAUUAUAUAUUAUGUAUUAUCAAGUGCUACUUUCAUCCAUUUUAAAUCUUAAGUACUGUUUUGUUUAUUGUAACAUUAGGUAUGAAUAGAAAAUAAUUAAAUUAAUAUUUUGUUUUGCAAGGGAUAGACACUGCACCUAAGGCAGCCAUCCCAGUCCUUGCAGAGAACAUACCCUGUGCAAUGAUCAGUAAACACAUAUAAUCACAA